CAUUAUUUUAGGCACUCAGACACUGUCACCUGUCGUAGGACUAGUCUGGACACUGUCUCCCAGACAGCACACUUAGCCACACCAGUAACACUUGCCACACCACAACAACACUCUCUGGAGACCUUACCACAGAACAGGAGAACCAGCGAUGUACACAAACGGACUCUGCGGUGUCUGAAUUAACGACUAAAGUGGUCUUUUACAGAGCUCUCUGGGCCUGAGAUGGGCCAAUACGACACCCAGGCUCUCUCAGAGGCCCUGAUGGGAUUCCUGCAGGACCUGCCACCCCCCGUCAUCCCAAAGUCUAUCUAUCCCAGCCUGAAGACUACCCUGCAAGAGGAAGAAGAGUUGUCCGUCGGGGAGACAGGCAGGCGUUUGCCGAAGGCGCUGGAGCCCCCGACUGUGCCCCUGCUGAGCCUGCUUACCCUGCAUUACCUGCUCAGACACCUGGACCGAGUGGGCCAGAGCUCGGCCCACAACGGCCUGGACCCCCACACCCUCGCAUUCCUCUUCAGCCCUCUUCUGCUCACCACUGAAUCAGAAGAAGGUCAUCAGGUUCCUGCCCAGGUUCAAGUGCUGGAGAGACUGCUGGUGGCGAGGGCCUGGGAGCUGGACCAGAUGUCAUCAGCCCUACCUCCCAAGCCUUCCAAAACCAAUGCCAUGGCAUCUUCUGUCAUCAGUGGGGAUGGCAGCAAGAUGGCUGACGUAGAGUGGUACUGGGGAGACAUUUCCAGAGAUGAGGUGAAUGACAAGAUGAGAGACACACCAGAUGGCACUUUCUUGGUCCGAGAUGCCUCAAGCAAGGUGCAAGGAGAAUAUACAUUGACUCUCAGGAAAGGAGGAAACAACCAGCUGAUCAAGAUCUUCCACCAAGGAGGCAAGUACGGCUUCUCUGAGCCGCUGGCCUUUGCUUCUGUGGUGGAACUCAUCCUGUAUUAUCACCACGAGUCGCUGGCCCAGUACAACCCCAAGCUGGACUCACGGCUACUGUACCCAAUCUCCAAAUAUCAGCAGGAUCAGGUGGUGAAAGGGGACAACGUGGAAGCAGUAGGAGAGCAACUGAAGGUGUACCACGAACAGUGCCAGGAGAAGAGCCGGGAAUAUGACGUCUUGUAUGAAGAGUAUACUCGCACCUCUCAGGAGUUACAGAUGAAGCGCACGGCCAUCGAGGCCUUCAACGAGACCAUCAAGAUCGCCGAGGAGCAGUGCGAGACCCAAGAAUGCUAUAGCAAGGAGAACACUGACCAGUUCCUCAUGGAGGGAAACAGCAAAGAUACUGAGAGAAUCCAAAGUAAUUGGGAUAAGCUGAAGUCGCAGGUGACUGAGAUCCAUGACAGGAAGAGGAAGCUAGGGCAGGACCUGAAGGAGCAUGCGACGGACAACCGAGAGAUUGAUAAGAAGAUGAGCAGCCUGAAAACGGACCUCGUACAGCUGAAGAAGAUCCGAGACCAGUACCUGGUGUGGCUCAAUCAGAAGGGCACCAGACAGAAGAAGAUUAACGAGUGGCUGGGGAUCAAAAACGACAUGGAAGACCUGUAUUCUCUGGUGGAUGAGGAGGAAGACGUGCCGCACCUCGAUGAGCGCACCUGGUACAUGGGCGACAUCAAGCGCGGCCAAGCCGAGGAGCUGCUGAGGGGAAAGGGUGACGGCACUUUCCUGAUCCGAGACAGCCAGUCCCAGAAGGGCUCCUACGCCUGCUCUGUAGUUGUGGACGGGGACGUCAAGCACUGUGUGAUAUUCAAGACCUCCACGGGCUACGGCUUCGCCAAACCCUACAACCUGUACAGCUCCCUGAGAGAGCUGGUGCUUCACUAUAGACACACCUCCCUGAUCCAGCACAAUGACUUGCUGAAUGUAACUCUGGCAUGUCCUGUCCUAACCCAGCAGCAACCCAGAUGAGACGCAAGAUAACCCGGACAGGGCCUGGCACACACAGAGGAAACACACAGAACUCAUAAAGACCACAAACCCUCACUUUUCCCAUACAAGAAAACAAAAAAGCAAACAGCUUUCUGCGCGUUGGGUUUGAGAGGAGGGGAAGGGCAGAGUGGAUUUUGACAUGGAGCACAUUUACAUGUUCUAUUUUUGUUAAAUCUCUACAACACUACACAGUUUUUUUGGAGAAACAUUUAAAUCUCUCAAAGUAAUUGCUGUAGAUUCUUUUGAAAUCGACUUUGAAAUGUAUUUCUUUAUUUUUCUGUUACUUUUUUCUAGAGUUAAAGAGGGGCUUUUUGCGAGAGGGUUUGAUAUUCAAGACAUGGAGAACGAAAAGACCUAGAAGUGCUUUUCUGUUUACAUUAAGCCUUGCUCACAUUGUCCACUGUGGUAAAAUGCUUAAAGGGAUUCUACGGUACUUUUGACUACUUUUUAGCCAGUAGUUCUGAAAGAAGCCAAAAUUGCAUACUACGUCACAUGUGCACCACGUCAUUCCUUUCUGUCUCGCUCAUUUGCAACUUGCUAGCUGUUACUGACAUGGCGAGGGGCUGAAGCUCAUUGGUUGAACUCAAAUUACUAGGGGGCUGGCACAGGUGGGGGAAAAUUUUGGGGGAAAUGGCGCAGCACAGCUUCCAGAAAAACAGUUGCUUUCAAACUAGGGAUUUUGUGGCUAAUUGAGGUUAAACAGUAAUUAUUAACUGUCAGUGCUUUAUUUCUUUACUUCAAGUUCAUAUUAAUACAAACAAAAAAAUCCACAGCGUUGGGGAACACACACACAAAGAAAGCAUUCUAUCUGCUCUCUGUGUAACCUUUCAUGCUAUGUGCCCUUUCACAGUAGAACAUGGUAGAACACUUGGUGGUGAAAGUGCCUUCUGUUCUAAUCCUCUGUGUUCCAUUAUUUCUCUGUAAAUCAGAGUCCGUGUGGAUGCCUGGCCCCAAUCAGAUGCCAAGUGUUUUGUACAGCACUGUGUGUGAAUCUGGAAAUCUGAAAUGGACCUUAGAGCAGCAGGGAUGGGCAACUCCCUCAGAGUUGUACCUGGCACUACUGCCACCGCCUGCUCAGAGUGCACACAUCUGGUUUCCCAGGUCUCAAUCAGUUUCUGAUUUAAAGGAAAGACACUAUGAAGACGAAUCUUGCCCACCCCUGCAUUAGUGUGUGUAUGAUGGUGGUGUUGGAAUUGUCCAUGUUGAAAAUUGAUUUUUGUUCACAUUUUUCGAGUCGAUCAUUGGUAAAUCUUGUGGGGGGAUGAGUUGCUUGCAGUUGACAUUAGGUUAUGUAUGCUGUAUGAACUGAGGUAUUUGUCAGUCCCACGUUAAGGAAUAAGUAGCCUAUUUCAAUGAUUCAAAAUGCAUUUUCUUUCAUUGGACCUUACCUGACACACUUUAUGAAUGCACUUAUUUCUCAGGACACAAGCUCCCAAAUCUGUUUUGUAACGCUAACACGCACAAGAAAUUCUUGUUAGAUUUCGAACAAACUACUUUGACAAACUGAUUAGUACUACGCAGCGAGUUAGGAGACAACUUGAUGACGCCUGGUUAUCGAAAUUGAUAACCCUCACAUUUCUUGUGUAUGAAUCAGACCUUUUUUACAAGACUACAGGAGGUGUUGAGGUAGAAAUCCAAUGUCAGGGACACAGAAGGUCAUAAAUCAUUAGCUUUUGCACGCAAGAAUCUCACUUGAUUUAGAGAUCUUGUAUAGUAUCAUUAUCAUGUUCUUAACCUUUAUCAGAAGCAGGGGUGAUGGGGUUAUUGGUACUAAAAGUGGACAAUGUUUUACAUAUUAUGAUGACAUUGCAUUGGUGCAUUUUAUUGCUCACUAUUAGGAGUGAUUCAAUUGCCCAGCAUGUUGGGAUUGGUGAAAAUGUACGUUUUAUAACAGUCAACAUUGUUUGUUUUGUUUGUUAUGUUGAUCUGGUAAACCCGUUUCUCAUGUUUAUAUGGUAGUUAGGAGAAAAGGUCUCCUUGGAGAGAGAUGACAGAUUAAUAGUCUGUGUACUAUUUACUGAACAUAGCAUUUCAACCAGAGCCCUGUUCAGUUAGGCUACCCUUCAGGUCAAAGGAUCUUUGAAAACUGUGAGAUUGCAGGGGUUUUUGGCAUGUGAGAGAGUGCUGUAUGUAAAUUGCACUUGCAGUGUAAGACUAUGCUUGUCCUCCAAAGUGUAGACAGUCUUUUCACAGUGAGCCAGGCUCAGAGGAAUUGUUAUGUCUUUCCCCUCGCCUUUUCUGUGGGCUUGGGCCCAUAUUGGAGAUUAUGACUAAAGCGAUGCUUGAUUGCCCCACAGACUGUUAUGACGGUGCAACAUAAAACACCAAACGCUUCUUCAGCUUGUGAGAGAGUGUGAGUGGGUAAACGUUUGAGGUUUGAGUAGGGAGGUUGCCUUGCCAAAUGUUUAAAUCUGGAACUGUAAAUGCACGACAAAGACAUGAAUAGGGAGCUUAUGUUUCAGGAGUUUUAUUACAAUUGGACUUGAACAUGCUCAUUUAUUUACAAUAACCGGCUAUGAUAGGUCAGAAACACUCCUCAUAGUGGACAUCUCAUUCAUUGUAAGACAAGGAUGGCAUCAUUGAAGAGGCACUUUGAAGGGUCUGUUUGAAAUGUGUUUUUAUGAAAGACCGUGAAACCCGUCUGUUUCAGUGUUUUUGUUAUUCGUUCAUCAUAACCUGAACAGAUUUAAUUGAAUAAGCUAAUGUGAAUUUUUUUGAUCUUCUUUAUAUUUAUAUUUAAUGUGUUUACAAUCUCUAAAUAACCAAAUAGAUUAAAAACAAUCUAUUUGUCUGCUCAAAAGCUUAUUUAGAAUGAAAUUCUGUCAUAGUGUUUGUUGUAUUUUGACAUUCAAAUGUUUUUAAGACUGCUUGGUUUUAAACUUUUGUAUUUGUGAAACUGUAAUUUAUACAACCUUGACAUAGGUUGGAGUUAAGUACUUUGAAACAUGGAAAACCCCCCAAAACAUUGCAAAAUGCACUUUAAAAUUGACUGUAAGCAACAUUAGUCCAACUCUGUAAAAUUGUUAUUGCAUUACUUUCUGGCUGCACAUAAACAAUGGUAUAUUUUCAUGUUGUAUUUGUUUGACUGGUAGUUUUGUAUAGGACUAAAUUAACCAUUUAUUAAAAAGAGUAUAGUUGUCAAAAUACCUUUUUGUUGACGUUUUUACCAACAGUUUUCUGAGAUAAGUAAUCCCUUGCUCAGAAGGCAAUUGAGUGUAAACGUUGGGAGAAUUGUGACAUCUACUGUCAAAAUGUGGUCAGAUGGUCUAUGAUGUUCCUCACUGUUGUCUUGGCAAUUUUCUGUGAAGUUAGUCACUACUGAUGAUGGACUGCUUUAUUUAGGUACUGCUUUGAUGUUGUGACUGUAUAUAUGUUAUUAAUUAUCUAUUAGAUAAUGAAUCAAUCAAUUAAGAAGGCUUUUACACUGGCCUAAGUUUUACGUUUGUUCUUAUGCCUGUUUGCCAACCAAUUUGUCUCUACGUAAAGAGGAGUGGUUGAAGAGAUGAUAUGGCUGUUGUAAUUGUUGUGGGAUGUCCAAUGAGAGAGUUUGGCUUCUCAAGUGGUCACAGGAAUCCAUCUCAUUAGCAC